UGACAGUUCGCGUGUGGGGUUUUUCACGUCUUUUCGGUCACAUAGGAAUGACUUGACUUGUGUAAUACUAUAAGUUGUUUCUAUCGAAAUUUUCAAAUAAUUAAUAAGAACCCAGUCAGCUAUGGGUGCUGGAAUGUCUGGUGCACCACGCACCGUCACCAUCGAGAAUGACAAUCCAGUCGGCGUUGUUGAUAUAUCCGAUGCAGUUGUUCAACGUUUGAAAAAUCAACACGCAAAAAUUCAGCAAGCUGAACAAAAAUAUGCCGAAACGACACCUGUCCCAGUUGCAAGUCCAUCACAAGUCCCGACAGCGCUGCCAGCGUCUCCGCAAACAACAACCGUGUAUUACGGAGAACCGACGAUAACUGCAUUGGAAGUGCGUCGACAAAAGGAACAAGAAUUACGUAACAAUGAUUUGUAUUGGGCAAAACGUCUAUCACAGUUGGAGCAAACACUUCAAAAAACGAACAGUAUUUUGGAGAAGGAGUAUAAUGCCGCUGUCGAUGAUGUCCGAAGCCGCUUCCAAAAUGCGGCACCUCAACAUCAAUUGCCACCGUGUAAAGAAUUCAAAGAAAAAUUGGUUGCAUGCUACAAGCAACAUCCGACCGAAACAUUAAUGUGUUCCCAGCAGGUAGCUGAGUUUAUGCAGUGUGUUGAUCGUCAUCGUAUUAAAAUUUUGGAUGAGAAACACGCUUCCGCAAAUCAAUCGAGAGCUGCUACAUCAGCUCCGGCAGGCGCAUAAUAUUUAAUUGAUGGUUUCCCAUUGAACGGUAAACAGUAAGGAAACGUUGACUUUGUAGUGAGUUCAUUUCUUGUUUGUAAAUUAUAUUUUUUCAAAUUCAUUUCUUUGAUUCUUUGAUUAAAUUAAACUUAAAGAGACACCUUGCUGUUUGACAUGA